AUGGAUGCCGACGCGUGGACGACUCUGGUCAAGAAGGCGUUCCUCGCCGGCCAGGAGGUCUGCCGAGAGCGGCGGAAUCCUCAGCUGGAUCCUCUCCACCUGUUUGAAGCGAUGCUUCGCGACAAGCAAAGUUUCGCGAGUCAGGUUCUCUCGCAGUGCCCCGGCGAUUUUGCACAGCUGAAGGAAGAUGUCCACCGAGCCGUUCUCAAGUUUCCGCAGCAAAACCCGCCGCCGGACUUCCCCAGUCCAAACCACGCGCUGAUGGCGGUGCUGAGGCACGGCAAGGAAAUCCAAAGGCAACUGAACGAUUCGCUGAUGUCGGCGGACAGCUUGUUUCUCGCGCUGGUGCAGGAGAAGAGCAUACGCGGCCUUCUCACCGAAGCGGGGUUCAUGAUGAAGCAGAUCGAGGAGAAGGCGAAGAGCGUGCGCGGGUUGAGGAAGAUUUCAUCUUCGGACGACGACGCGAACUUUGAGGCACUGAAAAAGUACGGAACCGACUUCACAGACCUCGCCGAGAAGGGAAAGCUGGACCCGGUGAUUGGGCGCGAAGACGAGAUCCGACGCGUGAUUCGCAUUCUCUGUCGGCGGACGAAGAACAACCCGGUGCUCAUCGGCGAGCCGGGAGUGGGCAAAAGCGCGAUCGUGGAGGGACUUGCGAGGCGCAUCGUCGAGAACGACGUGCCGAGCAAUCUGCGCUGCCGCCUCGUCUCCCUCGACGUUGGCGCCCUGAUCUCCGGCGCCAAGUACCGCGGCGAGUUCGAGGAACGGCUGACCGCUGUCCUGAAGGAAGUCAAGGACGCAGCCGGGAAGGUGAUUCUCUUCAUCGACGAAAUCCACGUCAUCCUGGGAGCCGGGAAAACCGAGGGCGCACUCGACGCGGCCAACCUCCUCAAACCCAUGCUCGCAAGAGGCGAGCUGCGCUGCAUCGGCGCCACGACGCUCGAUGAGUACCGGAAACACGUGGAGAAGGACGCGGCGUUCGAGCGACGAUUUCAACAAGUCCACGUCCGGGAACCUUCGGUCCAGGCCACCAUUUCCAUUCUGCGUGGCCUAAAAGAUCGCUACGCAUCCCACCACGGAGUUCGGAUUCUUGACUCCGCUCUCGUUGAAGCCGCUCAACUCGCUGACCGUUACAUCACAGCUCGGUUUCUGCCCGACAAAGCCAUUGACCUGAUGGACGAAGCGUGCGCGAUCGCGCGAGUGCAAGUCGACAGCAAACCCGAGGCUGUGGACGUGCUGGAGCGGCAAAAAGUGCAGCUUGAAGUGGAGGUUCUUGCGCUGGAGAAGGAGAAGGAUCCUGCCUCUCAGAAGCGCCUGGCGGAGGUCCGGCAGCACCUGGGCGAGAUCGCCGACGCGUUGCGUCCGCUGUAUCUACAGUACCAGCAAGAGAAAGGCCGAAUCGACGAGCUCGGGAAGCUGGCUCAGAAGCAAGACGAACUGAAGGCGAAGAUCGACCGGGCCCAGAGAGUCGGCGAUCUCGACCUCGUAGCCGAGCUCCGCUUCGACGCCCUCCCCGGCGUGGAGGCGCGAUUCAAAAAGCUGCAGGCGGAGCAGGAGGAGUACGAACGAACCCACAAACCGUUGCUUACCGAGGUCGUAGGUCCAGAGCAAAUCGCAGAUGUCGUCCAGCGCUGGACCAACAUUCCCGUCCACAAGUUGACGCAGACGGAAACCGAGCGUUUGCUGGCCUUCGGGAAGACCCUAGCCGAGCAAGUGAUCGGCCAGCCGCAAGCUGUGGAGGCAGUGUCGCAGGCGAUUCUGCGAUCCGCCGCUGGACUCUCGAAACGCAAUAAGCCGAUCGGCAGCUUUCUCUUCCUCGGCCCGACUGGCGUGGGGAAGACUGAGCUGUGCAAGCGCGUCGCGGAGUCUCUGUUCGACACGAAAGAGCGCCUUGUACGCUUCGACAUGAGCGAGUACAUGGAGCAGCACUCGGUUUCGCGGCUCAUUGGCGCGCCACCCGGCUACGUGGGGCACGACGAAGGCGGCCAGCUUACUGAGGAGAUUCGCCGCAACCCCUACAGCGUGGUGCUGUUUGACGAAGUGGAGAAAGCCCACUCUCAGGUGUGGAACGUGCUGCUGCAAGUCCUCGACGACGGUCGCCUCACCGACAGCCAAGGCCGCACAGUCGACUUCUCCAACACCAUCAUUAUCCUCACUUCCAACCUGGGUGCCGCCUUCCUCCUCGAGGCCGCGCAGCGUGUCGGCACUGAAGAGCAACUCGCCGCCGAAGCGGCGGCGAAGGAGAUGGUCAUGAUGGAAGUGCGAAAAUUCUUCAAACCAGAAAUGCUGAAUCGCCUUGACGACAUUGUCAUCUUCAAAGCCCUCACAAACGUCAAUUUGCGUCAGGUGAUGAACCUUCAAAUGGAAGAAGUCCGGGAGCGUUUGGCUGAGAAGCGAAUCGAACUGACGCUCACCGAUCGCGCCACGGACCACGUCGUGCACGAGGCGUUCGAUCCCGCCUAUGGCGCACGACCUCUCAAGCGAUUUGUUGAGCGGCAUAUUGUCUCUGACCUGUCCCUAAAACUUCUCAAAGGCGAGAUUGUCCCGGAUUCCCGCGUGCUGUGCGAUUGGGACGAGAAGCGCCGCGCGUGGGUAUGGGAGACGACGACGGCUGUCGAGUCGACUGCAUCUGUGCGCAAAACGCCAGGGCAUCCUGUGGAGGCCGAGAUGGAUGCCGAGAGCUUGUCACCAGACUCCCGGACGCUUUCCCUCGGAAGCCGCACCGAUAGCUACACCAAUCGGUCCUCGGCCAUGCAUGAGACCAAUGCGAAGAAAUUCAGAUACUAG